UAUCAAACAUGCACGACAAAAACUGGGCUAAACCCAGAAUUAAAUUUGCAUUUCGCAUCUGAUCCUGAAGUGAAGAAGAGGAUGAACGCCGUUGCUAGGCAACACAAGCGUAAUCCCCACACCGCAAGGAAAUCACAGUCAGAUGUUUCAUUAGCUAACGUUAGCUAGCUUGAUACCCUUCGUUCACCUUACGUAUUCAUGCUAUUCCUUCCAGGUUCUUUGACAGCGAAGAGGUGUCUUUUCUUUUCGUAUCUGUUGGUUCACUGUUAGCUAGCCAGCCAGCUAAGCUAAUUCCAGCUAGAAAAGUAGUUAACGUUAGCUAACGUAGCUAAUUUCCCACUAACGUUAGCUAGUGUUGUUAUAGCUAUAAUCAAUGUAUCCAUACUGAACAGUGACAUAAUGCAAGAGUAACUGCUGUGCCGUCAUGGUAAGUCUUACAAGUUAGCCUACUAGCUGCGUACUUGUUGGUUAGCUAAAAGUCUUGCUAUGUAGUUAACGUUAACUAGUUAGCUUUCUAGCUUAAUCAAUGUAGCUAGCAAGCUACUUAGCCAGCUACAAAAGUAUAUUUCACCUAUCUGUGAUAGGUGACGAGGUUCAUUUUAAAGUAAUGGCAGUAAGCUAGUUUGACAAAGGAUAACGGCUAUAGCUACACUACAUCUAUUAAAACAUGACUGUCUAUCUGACCAAAUAUGCAAAUAUUGUAUGAUUUCCGCUUUAGUAAACAAAUUGCCAGCUGUCAUGUCCACAAUAAGGAUUCUCUUCCUUGUCACAUCCAUCCAGAUUCUGUCCCGGGUGAAGCCAGCAGUAGGUGGAGAGGCUGCAGCAAGUGUCAGUGAGAAGAAGAAGAAAAACAAAGCCAAGAAGAGCCCUCGCCUGGAGGAAUACCUCAACCAGAGAGACUACCUUGGGGCCCAAACUCUGUUAGAGGUAGCUAGAUAGGAACUCAUGUAGCUAGCUGUCAUGUGCAAUCAGCAAAUGAAUGAUGAGCAACUCUGUAAUAAAUGUGACUCAAGAUAUCAUGUGAUCUGUGAAAGUCCUGUGUCCUCUCAACAUUCUCCUUCCUCAGUCUUGACAUUGCUCUGUCUAUAAGGUCUUUCCGUUUCCCUGUGUGUGAGAGCGAGAGGAGAGCGAGAGCACUGUGUCCUAUUGUUGUGUGUUGCUUUGUCUUCUUUCAGUUUCAGCGAGAUGUUGGAGAAAAAGAGGAGCAUGCAGACCUUUGGAUUGGCUACUGUGCCUUUCACUUGGGUGAUUACAAGAGAGCAAUGGAGGUGUGUGUGUUCAGUUAAAUUCAUUCUUGUCUGAAAAAAAGCAAUUUUUACAAUGCUCUAUGUGACACAUAUGUCAAUUUAUUUCCAUGACAGGAGUACAGGACAUUGACACUCCGGUUAGAAGAACCAGGGGAGGUGUGGGUGUAUCUGGCCUGCACUUUGUUUUUCCUGGGGCUCUACAGAGAGGCAGAGGAGGCUGCAAACAAGGGUGAAUAUUAAGCUAAAAUAUUUUAGAAUUGUUCAGUUUUUCAUCCUCCUGCUUCUUACCGUAGUCGAUAAGGUAUUCCCCCCUUUUUCCUUUAGCUCCAAAGUGUGCACUUCAGAAUCGCCUGCUCUUCCACCUGGCUCAUAAGGUCAGAACUGUUCCUUUUCUGUAUUCGUUAAUAUGUUAAUGUGUGUUUCUCAUCACUCUUUAUUUUUUGCUUCUGUACAGUUGCUAGUGCUGAGCGAUUAGGGCUUUUUGAGGUCGUUUCGUUUAAAUUAUAAAAAAAUAAUCAUGGUUAAAUGCACUAUGCAUUAUGUGGGUUUUAAUGCUGUAAGGACACAGAACAAAACAAUUAGUAAAAGUCCCAUGAUGGUAGUGGCUGCCCAUUACUGCUUAUCAAUUAUUAACCAUAAUUUUUUCAAAUUACUUUAAUAACAUAUUUCAGUUGUUGUGUAUAUUUGUUUGAGGCCUAUUUGAUGACUUUAUUAUUUAAUUCCAAGUCAUCAUCUCAUCUCUAUAGAGCUGCUGCCUAUACUGUCUGACAAAAAUUAUUUUAGUAGUUCUUCAAAGUAAAUAAGGUAUACUUUUAUGACUGCUGAAUACCAACUAUCAAUCAUAGAUCAUGUAUUUUCAGGUACAGAUAACUCACGAAGCAACUGCUCUCUAUCCCUCUCGAUCACACGUUCUUCUCUCUUCUCUCGGUCUCAGACCGGACAAGUAGGCGCGCAAUGGAUUAUGGUCAUUGUAGUUAAUUACCACGUUUUCUGUACUAAACUAUGUAGAAUAUUGGCCUUUUGGAAACUACAACUCCCUACUACAUCAUACAGUUCGGGCUUGAUCUGAGUUAUCUCUAGAGAAACUGCGCAUUGCGCACAAUGGAAUUCAAAUAAUUGAACCGACAUCAGUCAAUUAGUUGUUUAAAAACUGAAAAAUAACCGACAUUUCGGUUAAUCACUCAGCACUAACAGUUGCAUAAAAUCAUGUUUUACACAAUCCCCAAGUCCCAAUACUUUUAUUACCAAAUACCACGGGGGGACAGUAUGAAAAAUAAAAUAGAAAUCAUGUAUGCACUCACUAACUGUAAGUCGCUCCGCAUAAGAGCGUCUGCUAAAUAACUAAAAUGUAAAUGUAAAUGUCGAUGUAAUUAGGAUCCCCAUUAGCUGUUGCAAAAGCAGCAGCUACUCUUCCUGGGGUCCACACAAAACAUGAAACAUGACAUAAUACAGAACAUUAAUAGACAAGAACUGCUCAAGGACAGAACUACAUAAAAAAUAUAAACAACAAAUUAAAAAAGGCACACGUAGCCUACAUAUCAAUACCUACACACAAACUAUCUAGGUCAAAUAGGGGAGAGGCAUUGUGCCAUGAGGUGUCGCUUUAUCUGUUUUUUGAAAGCAGGUUUGCUGUUCAUUUGAGCAAUAUGAGAUGGAACAGAGUUCCAUGCAAUAAUGGCGCUAUAUAAUACUGUACGCUUUCUUGAAUUUGUUCUGGAUUUGGGGACUGUGAAAAGACCCGUGGUGGCAUGUCUGGUGGGGUAAGUGGUGUGUGUCAGAGCUGUGUGUAAGUUUACUAUACAAACAAUUUGGAAUUUUCAACACAUUAAUGUUUCUUAUAAAAAUAAGAAGUGAUGCAGUCAGUCAGUCUCUCCUCAACUCUUAGCCAAGAGAGACUGGCAUGCAUAGUAUUUAUAUCAGUCCUCUGAUUACAAUGAAGAGCAAGAAGUGCCGCUCUGUUCUGGGCCAGCUGCAGCUUAACUAGGUAUUUCCUUGCAGCACUCGACCACACGACUGGACAAUAAUCAAGAUAAGACAAAACUAGAUCCUGCAGGACUUGCUUUUUGAAGUGUGGUGUCAAAAAAGUAGAGCAUCUAUUUAUUACAGACAGAACUCUCCCCAUCUUUACAACCAUUGAAUCUAUAUGUUUUGACCAUGAUAGUUUACAGUCUAAGGUAACGUCAAGUAAUUGAGUCUCCUCAACUUCUUCAACAGUCACACCAUUCAUACCAGAUUCAUCUGAGGUCUAGAACUUAGGGAAUUAUUUGUUUUAGAGAUGUUCAGGACCAGUUUAUUACUGGCCACCCAUUCCAAAACAGACUGCAACUCUUUGUUAAGGGUUUCAGUGACUUCAUUACCUGUGGUUGCUGAUGUGUAUAUGGUUGAAUCAUCAGCAUACAUGGACACACAUGCUUUGUUUAAUGCCGUGGCAGGUCAUUGGUAAAAAUAGAAAAGAGUAGAGGGCCUAGAGAGCUGCCCUGCGGUACACCACACUUUACAUGUUUGACAUUAGAGAAGCUUGCAUUAAAGAAAGCCACUUGACUUCUAUUAGAUAGAUAGCUCUGAAUCCACAAUAUGGCAGAGGUUGAAAAGCCAUAACACAUACGUUUUUUCAACAACAGGUUAUGGUCAGGCACCCAAAAAUGUAACAGUACAGCUCCCACAAUCUUCUUAUUAUCAAUUUAUUUCAACCAAUCAUCAGUCAUUUGUGUCAGUGCAGUACAUGUUGAGAGCCCUUCUCUAUAAGCAUGCUGAAAGUCUGUUGUUAAUUUGUUUACAGAGAAAUGGCAUUGUAUUUGGUCAAACACCAUUUUUUCCAACAGUUUGCUAGGAGCUGGUAGCAAGCUUAUAGGUCUACUGUUAGAACCACUAAAGGCCGCUUUACCACUCUUGGGUAACGGAAUUACUUUGGCUUCCCUCCAGGCCUGAGGACAAAGACUUUUCUCUAGGCUCAGAUUAAAGAUAUGAUAGAUACAGUGGAGAGAACAAGUAUUUGAUACACUGCCGAUUUUGCAGGUUUUCCUACUUACAAAGCAUGUAGAGGUCUGUAAUUUUUAUCAUAGGUACACUUCAACUGUGAGAGACGGAAUCUAAAACAAAAAUCCAGAAAAUCACAUUGUAUGAUUUUUAAGUAAUUAAUUUGCAUUUUAUUGCAUGACGUAAGUAUUUGAUCACCUACCAACCAGUAAGAAUUCCGGCUCUCACAGACCUGUUAGUUUUUCUUUUAAGAAGCCUUCCUGUUCUCCACUCAUUACCUGUAUUAACUGCACCUGUUUGAACUCGUUACCUGUAUAAAAGACACCUGUCCACACACUCAAUCAAACAGACUCCAACCUCUCCACAAUGGCCAAGACCAGAGAGCUGUGUAAGGACAUCAGGUAUAAAAUUGUAGACCUGCACAAGGCUGGGAUGGGCUACAGGACAAUAGGCAAGCAGCUUGGUGAGAAGGCAACAACUGUUGGCGCAAUUAUUAGAAAAUGGAAGAAGUUCAAGAUGACGGUCAAUCACCAUCGGUCUGGGGUUCCAUGCAAGAUCUCACCUCGUGGGGCAUCAAUGAUCAUGAGGAAGGUGAGGGAUCAGCCCAGAACUACACGGCAGGACCUGGUCAAUGACCUAAAGAGAGCUGGGACCACAGUCUCAAAGAAAACCAUUAGUAACACACUACGCCGUCACGGAUUAAAAUCCUGCAGCGCACGCAAGGUCCCCCUGCUCAAGCCAGCGCAUGUCCAGGUCCGUCUGAAGUUUGCCAAUGACCAUCUGGAUGAUCCAGAGGAGGAAUGGGAGAAGGUCAUGUGGUCUGAUGAGACAAAAAUAUAGCUUUUUGGUCUAAACUCCACUCGCCGUGUUUGGAGGAAGAAGAAGGAUGAGUACAACCCCAAGAACACCAUCCCAACCGUGAAGCAUGGAGGUGGAAACAUCAUUCUUUGGGGAUGCUUUUUUGCAAAGGGGACAGGAUGACUGCACCGUAUUGAGGGGAGGAUGGAUGGGGCCAUGUAUCGCGAGAUCUUGGCCAACAACCUCCUUCCCUCAGUAAGAGCAUUGAAGAUGGGUCGUGGCUGGGUCUUCCAGCAUGACAACGACCCGAAACACACAGCCAGGGCAACUAAGGAGUGGCUCCGUAAGAAGCAUCUCAAGGUCCUGGAGUGGCCUAGCCAGUCUCCAGACCUGAACUCAAUAGAAAAUCUUUGGAGGGAGCUGAAAGUCUGUAUUGCCCAGCGACAGCCCCGAAACCUGAAAGAUCUAGAGAAGGUCUGUAUGGAGGAGUGGGCCAAAAUCUUUGCUGCAGUGUGUGCAAACCUGGUCAAGACCUACAGGAAACGUAUGAUCUCUGUAAUUGCAAACAAAGGUUUCUGUACCAAAUAUUAAAUUCUGCUUUUCUGAUGUAUCAAAUACUUAUGUCAUGCAAUAAAAUGCAAAUUAAUUACUUAAAAAUCAUACAAUGUGAUUUUCUGGAUUUUUGUUUUAGAUUCCGUCUCUCACAGUUGAAGUGUACCUAUGAUAAAAAUUACAGACCUCUACAUGCUUUGUAAGUAGGAAAACCUGCAAAAUCGGCAGUGUAUCAAAUACUUGUUCUCCCCACUGUAGGAGUGGCUAUAGAGUCAGCUACCAUCCUCAGUAGCAUUCCAUCUAAGUUGUCAAUGCCAGGCGUUUGUCAUUAUUGAUCGAUAACAAUAAUUUUUCCACCUCUCCCACACUAACUUUAGAAAAUUCAAACUUGCAAUGCUUUUCUUUCAUUAUUUGUUUUUUAAUGCAUGAAUACGAUGGCUCACUGUUCGUUGUUGGCAUUUCCUGCCUAAGUUUGCCCACUUUGCCAUUGAAGUAAACAUUAAAAUAAUUGGCAACAUCAAAUGUUUUUGUGAUGAAUAAGCCAUCUGAUUCGAUGAAAGAUGGAGUUGAAUUACUCUUUCUGCCCAUAAUUUCAUUUAAAGUACUCCAAAGUUUUUAUCCCAUCAUUCUUUAUAUCAUUGAUCUUGCCUUCAUAAUAUAAAUGCAACAUGCAACAAUUUCAAAGAUUUUACUGAGAUACAAUUCAUAUAAGGAAAUCAGUCAAUUGAAAUAAAUUCAUUCGGCUCUAAUCUAUGGAUUUCACAGACUGGGAAAACAGAUAUGCAUCUGUUGGUCACAUAUACCUUUAAAAAAGGUAGGUGCGUGGAUCAGAAAACCAGUCAGUAUCUGGUGUGACCACCAUUUGCCUCAUGCAGCGCAACACAUCUCUUUCACAUAGAGUUAAUCAGGCUUUUGAUUGUGGCCUGUGGAAUGUUGUCCCACUCCUCUUCAAUGGCUGUGCGAAGUUGCUGGAUAUAAUAAUAAUAAUAUAAUAUGCCCUUUAGCAGACGCUUUUAUCCAAAGCGACUUACAGUCAUGUGUGCAUACAUUUUUGUGUAUGGGUGGUCCCGGGGAUCGAACCCACUACCUUGGCGUUACAAGCGCCGUGCUCUACCAGCUGAGCUACAGAGGACCACAUGGGCUGGAACUGGAACAUGCUGUUGUACUCGUUGAUCCAGAACAUCACAAACAUGCUCAUUGGGUGACAUGUCUGGUGAGUAUUUAGGCCAUUGAUAACUGGGACAUUUUCAGCUUCCAGGAAUUGUGUACAGAUCCUUGCGACAUGGGGCCGUGCAUUAUCAUGCUGAAACUUGAGGUGAUGGCAGCGGAUGAAUGGCACGACAAUGGGCCUCAGGAUCUCGUCACAGUAUCCCUGUGCAUUAAAAUUGCCAUAGAUAAAAUGCAAUUGUGUUCAUUGUCCGUAGCUUAUACCUGCCCAUACCAUAACCCCACCACCACCAUGGGGCACUCUGUUCACAACGUUGACAUCAGCAAACCACUCGCCCACAUGAUGUCAUACACUUGGUCUGUGGUUGUGAGACCGGUUGGACGUACCUCCAAAUUCCCUAAAACGACGUUGGAGAUGGCUUAUGGUAGAGAAAUUAACAUUAAAUUAUCUGGCAACAGCUCUGGUGGACAUUCCUGCAGUCAGCAUGCCAAUUGCACGCUCCCUCAAAAACUUGAGACAUCUGUGGCAUUGUGUUGUGUGACAAAACUACACAUUUCAGAGUUGACUUUUAUUGUCCCAGCACAAGGUGUACCUGUGUAAUGAUCAUGCUGUUUAAUCAGCUUCUUGAUAUGCCACGCCUGUCAGGUGGAUGGAUUAUCUUGGCAAAGGAGAAAUGCUCACUAACAGGGAUGUAAACAAAUUUGUGCUCAAAAUUUGAGAGAAGUAAGCUUUUUGUGCAUAUGGAACAUUUCUGGGAUCUUUUAUUUCAGCUGACUUUACAUGUUGCGUUUACAUUUUUGUUCAGUGUACUUUUUUCUUUCUUUGUAAUGCAACUGUAUGGGACGUAGGUGCACACCUACUUGUGUAAUAUCCCAAAUAAACUAAUAAACCAAUAGACAAACCAACCAUGUCUUUCCUCUCUGUUCCCAGUUCAAUGAUGAGAAGAAGCUGAUGGGUUUCCAUCAGAACCUGGAGGAUGUGACUGAGGACCAGCUGAGCCUGGCCUCCAUCCACUACAUGAGAUCCCACUACCAGGAGGCCAUCGACAUCUACAAACGCAUCCUGCUACAGAAUAGGUACUUAUACUGGGUCAUUCUCCCAUGUCCCUUCAUCAAAAUCACUGAUAGGCAAGAGCAUAGUCCCACAAAUCCCUCAUAUGCCAGAUUACAGUGGUCCCACCAGUACCAAUGGGUAGUGUGGAUAGUCUGAAUGAGUCAGUGUCAAUCUUACUGUCAAUUCGUAUAACUAUACACAGUAAACAUACUAUAAACCAUAUAUUUAGGAUGAAGUAUUAUACAGUUGGAUGGACACAUUGCCUUGUGUUGAUACAGAGACAAGAAGAUGGAGGGAGAAGGCUAUAGUUAUUUUGCAGUUGAGAAAGAUGGUGUAUUAUAUUGGACAGUGCAGUCAAAAGGCAAGAGAGAAAGAUGCACAAGGAGUUUGAUAGGUCAACAUGUACUAUUCAAGAAUGCAGUGUGAACUAUGGUACUAGCUAUUGGAUGUUUUACCAUAUUUACCUAUUUUCUCUUUCCUCCAGAGAUUUCCUAGCUCUUAACGUGUACGUAGCGCUGUGCUACUACAAGUUGGACUACUAUGAUGUUUCCCAAGAGGUGCUGGCUGUGUAUCUGCAGAGUAUUCCUGAAUCCACCAUCGCUCUCAACCUCAAGGCCUGCAACCACUUCAGGCUGUACAACGGCAAGGCAGCCGAGGUAAAGCAACUUCGUAUGCGUCAACAGUCAAAACAGACUGGCGUGCAUCUACACGCGUUUGCCUAACAUCCACAGUCGAUGUUUAUGCCUACACUUGUCAUGUACAGCAAUAAUGUGGUUCAAUUUGUUAUUUUAUCUCUCAGGCUGAGUUAAAGAACCUCAUAGACAUCUCCUCCUGCUCCUUUGAGUUUGCUAAGGAGCUUAUCCGGCAUAACCUGGUAAGCUGUUCCACCACCUCUGUUGUGUGACUGUGUUUGCAUGACAGUGACCCCUGUGCUCUAUAACUUUUGACCUCUAUCACCCCAGGUGGUGUUUCGUGGUGGGGAGGGGGCGUUGCAGGUGCUGCCCCCGCUGAUUGAUGUAAUCUCUGAGGCUCGGUUGAACCUGGUCAUCUACUACCUUAGACAAGGUGGGCCUUAGCCUCUGGUGGUUGUCUUUGAAUCCUAAUCCUAACAUAUUUUAUCAUCAAUAACCUUUGAACUAAAGAAUGGUCCUCGUGCACCUGUAUGUUUCAGAUGAUGUUCAAGAGGCUUAUACCCUCAUAAAAGACUUGGAGCCAACCACACCACAGGUAGUAAUAGUUUCACAUUAUCAGGUGUCAUAAGCAGCGGAAGUCUUGUUGUUUAAAGACUAAAGCCUUAAUAGCAUACAUACAGUGUCUUAACAAAAUCCAUUUAUUUCAGGAGUACAUUUUGAAAGGAGUGGUGAAUGCUGCAUUGGGCCAAGAAAUUGGAUCGGUGAGUAAGAACAUGUUUGACAAACUAUCCGAAAACCCCCUAGGACCCACACAGUAUAAAUGUCCGAGUAGAUUAGGAAUGUCUUAUAUUCCUGGUGUAGUAGAUCAUCACUGAUAGGAAAUCUGACUGACUAGCAGUCUCUAUUCCCUCCUCCUCGUCCCUGUCUGUAUCUCUGCUGCAGAGGGAUCACCUGAAAAUCGCUCAACAGUUCUUCCAGCUGGUCGGAGGCUCAGCCAGCGAAUGCGGUAAUGUGAAUGAAUGAAUCUAAAGCGAAUCAACCAAGAAGCUAUGAGUUAGCUUGUGUGUGUGUGUGUGUGUGUGUGUGUUAGUAUGUGUAUUAGCGUGUGUGUUCACAUGUGCGUGUAUGUCUGCGUGUGAGUGAGCAUGUGCAUCUUUGUCUCACUGUCUUUAUCUCUCUCUCCUCUCAGACACGAUACCUGGAAGACAGUGUAUGGCUUCCUGUUUCUUCCUUCUGAGGCAGUUUGAAGACGUUCUCAUCUACCUCAACUCAGUCAAGGUUUGCAUGGCCCAAAACAUGUAGCAUACAGACCAAUAGUACAGUAGAGCACAUAGGCAUGUUUGCACACACAUACUCAAUCACUUUUCCUUUGAGUGCUUGACAUAUUUAUGGAUUGCUGUGUACUUAACAUGUAUGCUUGGGGAAAGGAGGUAAGCAUUAUUUCUCUUUGAUUGUGUGUUUAUUUUUGGUUUGUCUUUAACAGAGUUACUUCUAUACCGAGGAUACGUUCAAUUUCAACUAUGCCCAGGCCAAAGCUGCCUUGGGCAACUACAAAGAAGCAGAGGAGGUACAUACUGUCAACCUGGAAAAAUGCACUACUGCUUGCAUGGAGUAGUGUAUUGAAUCAGUUAAAAGUUCAUGUUGUAACAUUCUUUUAUAUUGGACUCAGAUAUUUCUGCUGAUCCAGGGUGAGAAGAUUAAGACUGACUAUGUAUACCUGAGCUGGCUGACUCGCUGCUGUAUGUAUCCAGUCCUGAAAUACAUUAUCCAUUUGUCAUCAAUACAUUUUCAAUACCUUUACAUCAAUACGAUAUCUACAUACAUGAUCUAAGAAACUAAAUAUAUUACUAAUUAAUUAUAAGAAAUAUAUUAUCUAAAUAGUGUUGUCUCUCCUCUCGCUCAGACAUCAUGAACCAGAAAGGCCAGCUAGCCUGGGAGCUGUAUCUGAAGAUGGGGGCUUCGCCAGACUCCUUCAGCCUCUUACAACUCAUUGCCAACGACUGCUAUAAGGUGAGGCUCACUACUACUCUCUCUACUAGCUUAGUUUCCAGGCUAACCACAAGUCAGCAAUGGCUUAAUCUUGCGCACCAGACUUCCUCCCCAAUAGACUGGGGACGAGAUUAGCAAAGGCCAAGCUUUCUCAAUAUUCAAUGCAAUUAAAUGCCGCUCUGUCUGUCUGUGCUUUCAGAUGGGUCAGUUCUACUCGGCAGCCAAAGCAUUCGAUACUCUGGAGAAACUGGAUCCCGACUCCAACUACUGGGAGGGCAAGAGAGGGGCCUGUGUCGGAAUCUUCCAGCUCAUACUGGCAGGCAGAGAGCCAAAGUAAGUAUUGGCUAAGUUUCUUAGUCUUUAGUCCAAUGUUGAUCCCAACACUUGUCUGUGUUAAUGAUUGUCCGCUACACAGAGUCACCAACACAUAAAAUAUGAAAAUCAUGUCCUCCACAGAGAUGUUUUGGUACAUAAUUUUUGUGCCUUGAGUAAUUUACAUUGCACGGUAAAGUGUGACAUUUGUGAUUCAAGCACUUUCAUUUGAACUUUAUUGACAACCAUUAUGCUAUGUUUAUGUUAUUAAAACAUUGCCAUUGUAGAAUAUGACCUGUUGCUAAGUUCCCAUCACUAAUAACCAUUGUCUGUGGUUGCACAGGGAAACCCUGAAGGAGGUGCUGCCCCUGUUGAGGAGCACACAGAACCCCCAGGUGGAGUACAUUAUCAGAGCUCUAAGGAAAUGGGCCAAAGACAACAGGGUUCCUCUGACAUAACAAUGUCAUAACAUGCUUAUAACACACGUAAUACACUUACUACAUGUUGUUAUUACAUUAUAUAUGUAGUUUACAUGUGCAUUUCUUAUCAGACACUUUUACUAGUGAAAAUCUAUAAAAUAACCUGUUCUCAUGAGUCAUGCACAAUGUGUAUUGACGCGCUUUAUUGUACAUUUGUCACAGUAUUUAUAUCAUGUACUAAAUGUGUUUUAUUUGCAAUAUAUAUAAUUCUGUACAAUCUUGCCAAUCAAUUGUAUUGAAAUGUGUAUUUUGUAUUACUCAAAUGAUGCUGAUACAAGUAUUAAACAGUAUUCUCUUUAUUAA